AUGUUCAACCGCCACCCACAGGCACGAAAAGUGUGCCUUCAAUUGCUCGCGAAAGUCUUCCUGGAUCAACGUGUAAAACUUUGUAUUGCAAAGGUCCUACGUCUGCUAUAUUCUCACCUUGUCCGAGUACAGUUUUUCCACAACAAAGCAAACGUAUCUUCUACUCCCCCAAGUCUAGCCCGAGAUCACCCCUUUUGGGGGCUACAGAUCCCGAGUGUGCUCGUCGCGGCUGCAAUGCAAUCAAUAUUUGCCAGAACAACGUACUUGCCAAGGCCCUUAAUCGUUUUUGAUCGAGCUGCGGCUGAGGCCAAUCUAGCUCUUCAUGUAAUACUGCUACUAGUAGAUCGUCGUGGACGAUCAAGAGCCUGGGCAUCAGGGCUAAAUAUCGCGAGUGAUUGGGCGGACUCGUUUCCGAGCGAAACGGACAGAGACGCGUUCGGUGUGUCCACUAACAUGCACAUGGUUGCAGGGCGCCGACACGGGCAGGGGUGCUUGUAG